UUUGUUCCUGGCAUCUGCAUAUGCAAGUCCCCAGCUCAGUGAGGAGAGCUGUUCCGCCUUGGCUGCUGUGGCGCAUUACCUAUACCUUUGCCAGUUUAGUUGGAUGCUUAUUCAGUCUGUGAACUUCUGGUAUGUGCUGGUGGUGAAUGAUGAGCACACGGAGAGGCGGUGCCUGCUCUUCUGCCUUCUGAGCUGGGGGCUUCCAUCUUUCGUGGUGAUUCUCCUCAUAGUUAUUUUGAGAGGAAUCUAUCAUCAGAGCAUGGCGCAGAUCUAUGGACUCAUUCACGGUGACCUAUGCUUCAUUCCAAACAUCUAUGCUGCUCUGUUCACGGCUGCUCUUGUGCCUCUAAUGUGCCUCGUGGUGGUAUUUGUGGUCUUCAUUCAUGCCUACCAGCUGAAGCCACAGUGGAAAGGUUACGAUGACGUCUUCAGAGGACGAACAAACGCCGCAGAAAUUCCUCUGAUUUUAUAUCUCUUCGCCCUGAUUUCUCUGACGUGGCUUUGGGGAGGACUGCAUAUGGCCUACCGACACUUCUGGAUGUUGGUUCUCUUUGUCAUUUUCAAUAGUCUGCAGGGACUUUAUGUUUUUGUGGUUUAUUUCAUUUUACACAAUCAAACGUGUUGCCCUAUGAAGGCCAGCUAUACGGUGGAAAUGAAUGGUCACCCAGGACCCAGCACAGCCUUCUUCACUCCUGGGAGUGGAAUACCUCCAGCUGGAGAGAUGAACAAGUCUACCCAGAACCUCAUCAAUGCUAUGGAAGAGGUGCCAUCUGACUGGGAGAGAGUGUCCUUCCAACAGACCAGCCAGGCAAGCCCUGAUUUGAAGACAAGUCCCCAGAAUGGUGCCUCGUUUCCUUCUUCUGGGGGAUAUGGCCAGGGGUCCCUGAUAGCAGAUGAGGAGUCCCAGGAGUUUGAUGACCUGAUAUUCGCAUUAAAAACUGGUGCUGGUCUCAGUGUCAGUGACAACGAAUCUGGUCAAGGGAGCCAAGAGGGAGGAACCUUGACUGACUCCCAGAUUGUAGAGCUCAGAAGGAUACCAAUUGCUGACACCCACCUCUGAGAGUCCCAUUAACACUAUCCAUUAGAAAGAGGCAAGUUUCCUCGUUGCCUUGGCUUUUGUACUAAACUCUGUAGGCAUUUACAGCCAUGUAGUAAUGGCCUGUAUAUCAUACCAAGUGAGUAACACAGAAGUGAUUGUUAUGUUUGGAAUACACAUUGCUAGUGUUUUUGCAACUUAAAAAUGACUGUUACGAUAAAAGAUGAGAUCAUUCCUGUAAGUUACAAGGAUGCACAUUGUCCAAAAAUAUUAGUCGUUUUUUUAAUCAUCCAAACUCAGCUAACAUUGUUUAAUGAAAAUAAUCAUCAAUAAAUGCAUUAGAAUGCAGGUGGUA